AUCUCAAAUUUUCAUUUUAUUCAUUUUCAGGUUCUGAGACGCAAACACACUGAACCGAGCGUGAUCAACAAUGGCGGAAAACCCUUCCGAAACGGUGCCGUCUAGCUCACAACCUUCUUCGUCUUCUUCGUCUCAGAAAUUGCCUCAAGAUUCUCCUCAGGUCCCUGCAUUUUCGAAUUUUCCGCCGUAUUUGGGUGGAUAUUAUCAAAUGAUUCCUGGUAUGUACCCUGCACUAGUUCCAGGGUUAACUCUGCCGCAACAUGAGGAACAUGGGAACCGCGGAGCUGGCAUAUAUGCUGUUCCUGUUAACUCCUUUGAUAGACAAGUUACUGGACUUCCAUGCAACACCCUGAUUCCGCUGACUUACCGCAUACCCACCAGUAGGCCAAGUUCUGAUGCUGCUGCUGCCAGUGAAAAUCAGGGGCAAGCAGGGCAACAACCUCAACAGCAGCAGCCUGCACCUCAAAGACAAGUUGUUGUUAGGAGAUUUCAAAUUGCAUUUCAAAUUGAUUUAUUGCUUAUGUUGAAGCUGGCAGCUGUGAUCUUUUUAUUUAAUCAAGAUGGAUCAAGGCAGAGGCUUUUUGUCCUUGUGUUCUUUGCUGCUAUUGUAUAUUUAUACCAAACUGGAGCCUUGACACCAAUAAUAAGAUGGCUUUCACGAGGUAUGCAGAGAGCAGCAGCACCUCCUCAUCCAGCAAGACCUGCAGCUAGAGCUGAAAAUGUUCCUCCACCCAGGCAAGAGGGUGAUAAUGUUGCUCCAGCAGAGGGUCAACCUGAAGCCGAGAUUGGGAACCAGCCUGCAAAUGAAGGAGAGCGGGCAGUUGAGAAUGAAAAUGUUGCAGAAGUUGGAGGAGUAAAUGGUGGGAAUCAGUGGUGGGGCAUUGUAAAGGAGAUCCAGAUGAUUGUCUUUGGAUUUAUCACUUCCCUUCUCCCUGGGUUCCACAACCAUAUGGAUUGAACCAUAUUUUGUAGCUUACAAGGUUUGUGAAAUCGACAUAUAUGGUCUCUGUGACCAUGCCCUGAAAUAAAAAUGUAUAGCAUCAGAAGUUCCAGGCGUCAUAUCUAAUACAUACAUAGUUAGGUGCUACUAUAAUCCAGAGGAAGAUAUGGUGCGACUAUAGGGUGCCGUUUUUGUAUCAUUAGUUGGUUUGUUCAUAAAACAGCUUCCAUAGUAGGGACGUUAGAUUUUUAUUUAUUUUCUGUACUGUUUUCUAUUGCAAGUGCAUGGUGAUUUUUUUUCUUUUCUAA